GAGAUGGAACCUCGUCCCGCAGACGCCGCCCGCUCGCCGCUUGUUGUCUGAUGGGGAUUAACGUGAAGAUGGCUGAGUGACCGGUGUCCAGAGGGAAACAUCCAGCGAGCCCCGCAGCCAUGGACCUAACUUUUCUCCUGUCCGCCAUUAUCUUCACGCUCCUCGCCGUCGUGGUGGGGACGUCGCUGUUCGGCGGUUCCUCGCCCGUCGCGGACUUCGCCAACGCCCGGGCUUAUUUCGGCCACCGGGGUGAAGGAGCUACCGGGGGACCGGAGCCACCGGGGCCGAAGCAGAACGGCCACGCACCGGAGAAGAAGAAGCAGAAGAAGGCGGAGGAGGACUGGUGCGAGAUCAGCGGCAGCUCGCACGACCACUGGGACGUGGUGAAAUGUGUGGAGUCAGAGCAGGCUCAUCCUCAGCUUCUCGUUGAAGAGCUGGAACCGGCCGAACACUCCUCCUCCACCAGAUCCAGCCUGUCCACCCCCAGGCCCGAUUCUAGGAACACGAGCUUAGACGUAGACUCGUCCUCCGAGGCCUCGUGGGGUCGUAGGUCAUACAUCGGGCUCUCUGAGAAGGAGCUCCUAAAGUGUGCUUUCUCUUACCCCCAGACCGAGGGAGCCACAGAGAGCCCGGGAACCAACGACAAGAUGGAGUCAAACGAUUCGUUGAAGUACAUCCCCGGGAAGUCGAGAUCCCACCACUUGCAGAAGAUGAUGUCCACAGAGGAGCUGGAGGAGGAGCAGAAGGUGCAGCGUGAGCAGCUGGCCGCCAUCUUCCAUCUGCUGAAGGAUAACCAGGAGACGUUCGGGGAGGUGUCGGAGGGAGACAUGGAGGACCAGCUCCGACUCUACUCCAUCUGAGACUCCUGUCUGACUCCUCGUGUCUGUGAGCACCGCUGAAGGACCCGUCCUGUGUGACCAAAUACUUCCAUCAGCCUGUUCUCAGUAUUCAGAACAUCUGCACCAAACAGAUUCUCUCAUUUGUGUUUAAUGACUUUCUGUUUUUUGGGUUAUCUCGUGCUAUUUGUUUGUUUACUUCAUGUCAUUGAAACUACAGACCACAUGAAAGGAAGACCAAAGGAAACAAGAGAUUCUUAUUUUAGGUACCGAUUUGUAAAAGGAAUACAUGACUGUUAGUUUUAUAUCAUAAUUGAAAAUGUUAAUUUAUUUACAAAACCUUUUUUUUUUUAAAGAAAUCUUCAUUAUAUGUGUUACAUGUUUUAAUCCCUGCAUAUCUUUCACUCUGCUGUGUAAUAAACCACAUUAUGAUUAUGAAAUAAUGUGA